UAAAAAAGCCUACACUCGUCGCAGGAGAUCCUAUCCUCUCUGUUUCUUUUAGCUUAGUUCUUGUCUGAAACCCUAAUUGGUUUUCCUUUUAUCUCUUCUGUCAGUUCUCAUCUAAAAUGAUCACCGGAGUACUCCGCAGAUCUUCAUUGCCGUCGAGGCAUUCUCUCUCCGCCGCGCUAACCUCCUUUGAUUCAGGUCUUUCCCACCACUUCUCUUCAGCCGCCACCGUAUCCUCCGUCUCCGUGGAUCGUAAUCUAGUCGGAAACGGAUCUACUCUCUCCUCCAACCUCAUCUCUCGAUUCGCAUCCCCAUCGUCUCCGAAGUCGUGGAUGGUUUCUCCCGCGAGGAUCGCGUUUCAAGGUUACGCCACUGAGCCUGAGAGUAACCUCAGAGAUUCAAAGAGGAAGAAAGAGAGCACGUCAAAGAUCAAAGGAACGAGGAUCUGCAUAGCGAUUCGGUCAUUCGAGAACCCGGAGAAGGAAGCUUGGUGUCUUCCUCCCCACACUCGCUACGCCGCAAUGCCCGACACGCGGACCUUGUACACCGUGCUACGUUCCCCUCACGUGGACAAGAAGUCGAGGGAGCAGUUUGAGAUGAGGUUCAAGAAACGGUUUCUCGUUGUCAAAGCUCAGAGCCACGAGCUGAGCAAGAAGCUGUUUUGGUUGAAGCGCUACCGUAUCCUCGGAGCUCAGUACGAACUCCAGUUCCAUUGCAAGACCCGUUUGGACAUGUCUCCUGUCUUAGGUAACAUCAAUGGCUCCCACCAUUUGUCAAUGAGACAGGGCUAAAGAAGGAAAGCUACCAAGGUGGAGUUUUUGGACCGAUCCUGCAAUAAUAUUGAAUCUUACUGAUUCAAUAAAGAAGUCAGCAAUACCUUAAAUCUUGUGGCAUUUUUUUUUUUUUGUUUAGAGAACAUUUUACGGACAUAAGAAAGAAGUCUAACAAUACCUCAAAGACAUGGGUUCUGUUCUGAAUUGAGUUUCAGUGGGAGAUUACACUUCCAGUUUAUACAAAUUUAUUAGUCCUUUUAA